AUGCUCUGGGAAUGCCCGUGUUCCCCAAACAACCAAUCAGGUCUUUCCCUGCAAAUGUCUAAAUAUGGCGGAGUCCCUCCUCCCUCCUUGGAAUUCUACCUGGGCCUUUUUUUGGUCACCUGUUCAAACCCAUCUCCUUCCUGCCUUGUUCUUCUGUAUCACUUGAAUAUCUUUCUUUCUUUCUUUCUUUCUUUCUUUCCUUCUUUCUUUCUUUCUUUCUUUCUUUCUUUUCAUUAUAAUAAACAUUCUUCUUCUGUAUCACUUGAAUUUCUUUCUUUCUUUCUUUCUUUCUUUCUUUCUUUCUUUCUUUCUUUCUUUUCUUUUCUUUUCUUUUUUCAUUAUAACAAUCAUUCUGUCCAAAAUCUUCUGUAUCACUUGAAUUUCUUUCUUUCUUUCUUUCUUUCUUUCUUGCUUUCUUUCUUUCUUUCUUUCUUUCUUUCUUUUCAUUAUAAUAAUCCUUCUGACCAAAAGUCUUUGGUAAUUCAUGCUAAUGUUCAUAUGUUAAUGUCUUCUGUAUCACUUGAAUUUCUUUCUUUCUUUCUUUCUUUCUUUCUUUCUUUCUUUCUUUCUUUCUUUCUUUUCAUUAUAACAAUCCUUCUGUCCAAAAGUCUUUGGUAA